AUGCAGUUUGACGACAGUCGUCCAUCCGAGAAGGUACUCGGUCUUGUGACCGCCGCGGAGACGUACCCAUCCCCUCCACCUUUAGAAGACUUGGAAGCCGCUCUCUCCGAAGAGUUUUGGACUUCAUUUCUCGCCGAAAGUCAGCCUGCAGCUUUUCCUUGCAUACCCUAUGGAUCACGGGAACCGAUCCAGCAUGAAGUCGUGGAAUGCCACCAGGAACUUCCAACAGCUGCGUCGUCCAAACUGGAGCUCUCGGCCUUGCUAUUUGCAGCGUGGGGAAUCACCACAGCCAGCUAUACAGGAGUCCAAAACAUCGUUUUCGGGGCUGUUGUGCCAGACAGCGGUGGAAUCAACAACCCUGUUCCGUUCCGCCUGAAUGCCGACUCCAAAGGACGCGUUCGGGAUCUUCUCGACCAAAGCCUUCAGCGGGUCAUUCAAUGCUGCCAGCACGCGAGUCUCGGGAUCGAGAAGAUCUCCCAACUCAAUGGAGACUGCUGCCAUGCUUGCAACUUUGAAACAGUCCUGAUGGUGCGACAUGGCGCGAAGGAUGAAGACUCGGUGUGGCCAGUACCAGAAUCGCAAGGGCUCGUAAUCACGUGCAGUCUUGUUGGAAGACGGCUUCAGAUCACGGCAAGCGUUCAUUCUCGUGCUGCUGAAGCACCGAUUAUGCACAGAGUCAUCCGCCAGUUUGGCUACACCGCGGCAAGACUGGCAACGUCGGAGGAUCAGAAUCCCUCGGUGGACGACUUGCUCCGCGUGCCGAACCUGCACGAUUUGGAGGAAAUCUGGCACCACAACCAGCAUGUCUCAGACGGGACCAGCGCAACCGUCCAGCAGCUGAUCGCGGAGCAGACCCGGACGCGGCCGAGUGCAGCGGCCGUGGAUGCUUGGGACGGCAUACUGUCCUAUGACGAAUUGGACCAUAUUUCCACUCGCCUAGCCAGAACUUUGAGAGAAACGUCCAUCGAAGAGCGCUCUCUGGUCCCAUUCUGCCUCGAGCACUCCAAGUGGGCGGUGGUAGCCAUGCUCGGGAUCCUCAAGGCCGGAUGCGCCUUUGUUCCCAUCGACCCGUCCGCGCCUCGCGCCCGGCGUCAUCGCAUACUCCAGCUCGCUCGGGCCAAGGUCAUCCUGACUUCUCCAAACAUGGUCGACAACGACUUCGAACUCACGCCUGUCAUCCGUCUGUCCGAGGAUGGCCUCAACGCAUCUCCAACGGACGGUGCGACAUUUACAGGUUCUAGCAGCGUCGACUCCGCAGCGUAUGUCCUCUUUACGUCUGGAAGUACUGGCGAUCCCAAGGGCGUGGCUAUGGGGCAUCGUGCCAUCUAUACCAGUCUGAAUGCCAUCGGGACGAAAGUCGGACUACAUUCCGGCACCCGAACAUUGCAGUUCGCCUCAUUAGCCUUUAACAUCUCGAUUUUCGAGAUACUCGGCACUCUGGCAUUUAGAGGAUGUGUCUGCAUACCUUCCGAUGCCGACCGUCUCUCUAGACUGCCAGAGUACAUGGCGUCAGCAAAGGUCAAUACCGCUUCUCUUACCCCGUCAGUGGCACGUCUGUACAGUCCCGGUUUGGUUCCCUCUUUAGAGACGCUGGUGCUUGGAGGAGAGGCAAUAACGCAAGCCGAUAUGAAAAGAUGGAAUCAAUUACCCAAACUAUUCAACGGAUUCGGCCCUACCGAAUGUGCUGUCGGCUGCGCCAUACAUCGCGUGCACGAGGAGCAGAAGGAGCCUUCCAUCGUGGGCGGACUUAAGGGAAUACCGUCGUGGGUCGUAGAUCCCGGCAACCACGAUGUCCUGGUGCCCUUUGGUGCAGUAGGAGAAUUGGUCAUAGAGGGACCAACGCUUGCCCAGGGCUAUCUCGAUAAUAUAGCAAAGACUAAGGCUGCAUUCAUCCAGGAUCCACAGUGGCUGCUCCGAGGAUGCGGCUCGAGAUUUCCCGGGCGCCGUGGCAGAGUCUACAAAACCGGGGACCUGGUCAAAUACAACCAACAAGGAGAGCUCAUCUACAUUGGCCGCAAAGAUGCAGAUACUCAAGUAAAAGUCCGGGGCAAUAGAGUCGAUCUAGGAGAGAUCGAGUUCCGCCUCCUACAAUGUCUCCCACCCGGAACCGAGGCUGUCGUGGAAGCUUUUAAGCCGUCAAACACCGACGUAGAGCCUACGGCAACGUUGGCAGUGUUUCUCUAUCCACCUGCCGAAAGCCGAGUUCAACAAAAUAAUAUGGAGAUGGUUGUCAUGCAGCCGCCAAAGGACGUUCAGGAUCGGUUAUCCGAGACGCUGCCGUCCUACAUAAUACCCGGAGUGUACUUUUCCGUGUCGGUCAUCCCCAAAACAACAUCAGACAAGACGGAUCGCAAGCGACUACGCGAAUUGGCGUCGGCGUUUUCACUUCAGGAUCUAAGCAGUAGACUGUCAAGUCCGGCCGACGACAGCUUUUUCAAACUCGGAGAAGAUUCCAUCGGCGCCAUUCGGCUCGUCAAAGAGGCCCGCGAGGAGUUCAACAUCAGCCUCGACGUAGCGGAUAUAUUUCGCUAUCCUACGCUGGAGGGGCUCGUCUCUGUCUCGAAGGAUUUCCAUGUCGAUGCAUCCCCGGUGACCAUCCCGUUCUCGGCUCUCCCGGUCUCGCAAGACAUGCAGCUGCUCUGCAGAGUCGUUAUAGACUCCUAUAGUCUUACCAGCCCCGAGCUAGUUAAAGACAUCUACCCUUGCACACCCCUCCAGGAAGGGCUUCUCUCGCUUUCCUCCAAGCACACCGGAGCUUACACGGUGCAGCGUGUGCUCGAGCUGGCUCCGGGACUCGAUCUUUGCCGGUUCCUGGCUGCGUGGGAGCGCAUGACGAAAUCAACCCCGAUCAUAAGAACGAGGAUUGUCCAGCACGAAGAGUUGGGGCUUCUCCAGGCGGUGGUGGAUGAGAAAAUCCAAUGGAAACGCGUUGAGAAGGCAGACAUGGACGCGUUCAUAAGAGCCGAUAUGGAGACGCCAAUGAGACUGGACCAGCCACUUGCUCGCUACGCUUUGAUCCAGGGCACAUCCUCUACAGCCGCAACGGCAACGCCCCAAUUCAUGGUGUGGACCGUCCACCAUGCGCUGUACGACGGCUGGUCCCUCCCGUUGAUAUUGGAGCGGGUGCGCGAGGCGUAUGACGGGACGGAGUUGAGCAGCUCUGGGUUUGCGCCAUUCGUAAAGUGGUGUUCCCAAGAAGCCGUGCGGGACAACGCGGUCAAGUUCUGGGAAUCCCACCUGGACGGGCUAUCCGAGUCCGCUCUUUUCCCUCCUCUACCAUCCUCCGUGUCAGAGCCCGUCGAGGAUUCCACGGCAGAGCACCGGUGGGAGAUGCCAAAGGACAGUGCCGCUGGUGUCACCACGUCAAUCCUCUUGAGAGCAGCAUGGGCAAUAGUUGCCAGCCGCUACACCAGCUCGGAUGACGUCGUGUUCGGCACCACCGUCUCGGGCAGAAACGCACCCGUUCGAGGAAUCGAGUGCGUCCUGGGUCCUACCGUUGCCACGAUCCCAACCCGGUUCAAAGUGCACGACAGCACACCUGUCAGGGCCUUUCUGGCGCGAACGCAGAACGAGGCGGUCGAGGCCAUUCCAUGUGAACAGACGGGACUCCAACGCAUUGCUGGCGUCAACGCUGAGCUGGCCAAGGUCAGAGAUAUCCAGACGUUCCUGGUGGUGCAGCCCUCGGAUUACAACGUCCCCUCGUUUGAUGGUUUCGGCAAGUGGGUCAACGGGCCCGGGUACUAUCGUCUCGACGUCUCUGCUCUGACUCUAGAAUGCUUCCUCGGCGAUUCCGGCGUACGCUGUGUGGCAUACUUUGACUCGCGCGUCAUUGAGCGCGAGACGGUCGAGAGGCUUCUUCCGCAAUUCGCCCACGUGUCCCAACAGCUGUCCUCGGCAAGCGAGGACACCACGCUGGGCGACGUCGAGGUGCUGACGCCUGCAGACCUCAAAGACAUCUGGGCGUGGAACGGGCCCCUCCUGGAGACGGCUCCGGAACCGUUGCCGCAUCGAGACGUCCACCACCAGGCUGAAAUGCGGCCGCAUGCACCUGCUGUUCACAGCUGGGACGGGGAGCUCACCUACAAAGAGCUCGAUCUGUACUCGACUCUGUUCGCGAAGAAGCUCGUCAUGUCUGGGAUAAGGCCAGGCGAUGUUGUGCCGCUGUAUUUUGAACCGUCGGAAUGGGCGGUGGUGGCCAUGCUUGCGGCACUCAAAGCCGGCGCAGCGUUUGUCCCCAUCGAUGCGUCUCAGCCAGCUGCCCAGAGGGAGAGGAUCCUGUCCCAACUACCGCCCAACGUCGUCCUCGCUUCGUCGAAACACACAGCCACGUCCUUCGGAGCGGGAUGGUCAGCGCUCGAGAUGUCUAGGGAAACGGUUGACCUGGAGGCCACAGGAGCCCUCCCGACGGUGGAUCCCGGCUCGAUCGCAUGGAUCAUCUUUACUUCAGGCAGCACCGGGCUUCCCAAGGGCGCCAUGCUGCAGCACUCGGCCGUGCACGCCAGCCACCGGAAGCUGGGCGCGACCUUCGGGCUGCACGCCGACACCCGCAUGCUCCAGUUUUCGUCCUUCGCGUUCGACGCGUGCGUGCUGGAGAUCAUUGCAACCCUGAUGCACGGCGGCUGCGUGUGCAUCCCGUCCGAAGCGGACCAACGGUCGCUGUCCGGGCUGCCCCAGGCGUGCGCGGCCAUGAGGGUCAACACCAUGGUCCUGACGCCCACGGUCGCGCGGCUGUUCGAGACGUCCGACUUCCCAGACCUCACGACACUGGUUCUGACCGGAGAGCCGCUCGUCCAAAGCGACGUCGACAAGUGGGCCACGACGGCGUACGUUGCCAACGGGUACGGUCCGGCCGAGUGCUCCAACAUAUGCACCGUCCAUCGCAUUGCUCCCGGAGACUCGGACCCCAACCGCAUAGGCAGCUUGCGUGGCGUGCCCGGCUGGGUGGUCCGCAGCCAAGAUCACAACCGGCUCGUUCCCAUCGGCGGCGUCGGGGAGCUUGUGGUCGAGGGUGCCACUGUGGGCAGCGGGUACCUCAACGACGCUGCAAAGACGGCUGCUGCCUUCAUCACGGAUCCGGAUUGGCUCGUCAGAGGUCGUCCCGGCGAGCCGCAGUCCGGACGGCGAGGCCGGCUGUACAAGACGGGCGACCUGGUCAAGCUCCAUCCAGACGGCGGCCUGACCUACAUUGGGCGCAAAGACACGCAGAUCAAGAUACGCGGCCAGCGCGUCGAGCUCGGCGAAAUCGAACACCAUGUGCUGCUGCAGUGCGCCGGCGCGUUGGAGGCAGUCGUCGAUGCCGUGCAUCUUCCGGGACGGGGGGAUGCAAAGUCGCUCGUUGCCUUCGUCCGUCUCCAAGACAGCAGUAUCCCCGCUCCGCAAGUGUACACGGGCUCGGACGACGUCGCCGACCGGCUCGCAGACAUUGUUCCCGCCUACAUGGUUCCUGCAGUCUUCAUCCAGAUGCCAUCCGUACCGAGGACUGCAUCGGGAAAGACGGACCGGAAGCAGCUGCGCGAGGUGGCUGCGGCAACAAUGGCUGCAACGUCUCAGACGACAACUGCCGGGUCCCAGCCGAGGCGACCCAAGCGCGCACCGAGGACCGAGACGGAGAAGAAGCUGCAGCAGCUCUGGACCAAGGUCUUGGACCGAGACGUGGCAGAGAUUGGACUCGACGACAGCUUCGUCAGGCUCGGCGGAGACUCCAUCGCCGCCAUGAAGCUGGUCAGCCUGGCGGCAAAGUCGAGCAUCGGCUUGACCGUCGCUCAGGUCUUCCGCCACUUGCGGCUCGAGGAUCAGGCCCGCAGUGCAACGCUGCUGGCCAAGCGUGACGACGACCGCGUCCCCCCCUUCUCCCUGCUCCCCCGGGAUGCAGACGUCGACUUGCUCCGGGCAGAUGCUGCCGAGUCGUGUGCGGUGGAGGCUGUGCUGAUUGAAGACCUGUAUCCCUGCACGCCGUCACAGGAGGGCCUGCUGUCUCUGAGCGCGAGGCAUGCAGAGCAGAAUGCCUACGUCCUCCAACACGUCUUCGACUUGGCUCCAACGCUGGACGUGCGGCGGAUGCGGUCCGCAUGGGAGGAGACAGUCCGGACCACGGACAUCCUGCGGACGCGAGUGGUCCACCAUGCCCGCCAUGGCUUGCUGCAGGUUGUGGUGAAUGACGGCAUAUCGUGGUGCGAGCCAGAGGACAUCCACGCCUUCAUAGAAGCGGACAAGCAGCGGCCAAUGGGCCUGGGCACGCCUCUGGCCAGGUAUGCCAUUUCCCAAGAUGCCCGGACCAAGCAUACAAAACUGGUCUGGACCAUCCACCAUGCCUUGGGCGAUGGCUGGGCUUUGAAUCUCGUCCUCAACAAGGUCGAGGCCAUCUACAGGGCCUCCUCCACUGUAAGUAGCCCGCUCUCCGAGUUCAGGGGCUUCAUCAAGUACAUGAACGGGCGGGACGUGGACUCCAUGGUCGAGUACUGGAGGGACACGCUCGCGGACGUGGAGCCAGUCACAUUUCCCCUUCUCCCCACCGCCGUCAGAGACGCCGUCGAGGACUCCGAGGUCGAACUGGACCACAGCCUCCCAGAGAGUGCUGCAACGGCCUCGGCCAGUCUCUCCACGAUCCUCCGUGCCGCGUGGGCCAUUGUCCAAAGCCGCCACAGCAACACCGACGACGUCGUGUUCGGCGAGGUCCUCUCCGGCCGCAGCGCACCAGUGCCGUCCAUCGACUCGCUCGUCGGCCCAACAAUGGUCACCGUCCCCGUCCGCGUCAAGCUCCCCGCCGCGCUGACCGUGCCCGCCCUCCUCCAAAACAUCCACACGACCUCCACCCUCGCCAUCCCCCACGAGCAACUCGGCCUCCACCGCAUCGCCCGCAUCAACCCCGCCGCCUGCGCCUUCCAAACCCUCCUCAUCAUCCAGCCCCCCACCGCCGCCAGUUCAGAUGAUCCCCCACGCCUCCUCUCCGCGUCCCCGGACUACCGGCUCGCCACCUACGCCCUCGCCAUCGAAUGCACGCCCUCGCCGUCAUCCGCCCGCCGCCUCGGCCUCCGCGCCCGCUUCGACUCGCGCGCCGUCUCCGCCGCCGCCGCACGCCGCCUGCUCGCCCAGCUGGGCCACGUCGCGGACCAGCUCAUGGCCUGCGCCGCCGCCUCCGUCUCCGCCUCUGAUCCCGGCCCGGGCCCGCCGCCACGCCUCGUCUCGGGCGUCGCGGUGCACGCGCCGCGCGAGCUGCGCGACGUGUGGGGCUGGAACGGCGCGCCGCAGGGAGAAGAAGGCGCCGGGCUGGUGCACGAGGCGGUGCGGGCGAGGGCGAUAGUGGCGCCGGGUGCGGUGGCGGUGGAGGCGUGGGACGGGCGGCUGUCGUACGGGCGGCUGGAGGGGCUGGCGGACGGGCUGGCGGCGGCGUUGGCGGCGAGGGGCGUUGGGGUGGGACGGCAGGGGCUGGUGCCGCUGUGCUUUGAGAAGUCGGUGUGGGUUGUUGUGGCGAUGCUGGCGGUGCUCAAGACCGGCGCCGGCGUCGUCCUGCUCGAUCCCGGGCAGCCGGCCGGUCGACAUGAGCGGGUUCUCGCGGCUCUGGGGCCCGGCGGGGUGCUGUUGGCGUCGACGUCGUGUGCCGAGCACAGGAAGUUCCGGGAUGGGUGGGAGGUGGUCGUGGUUUGCGAAUCGGGCUUGCAGGCCGCCGCGGCAUCGAGCCGGCACUUCGUCUCCCCGCGGAUUCCCGAGUCGGCGGCAUGCUGGGUCCUGUUCACUUCGGGCAGUACGGGCGAGCCCAAGGGGGUUGUUCUCGAGCAUGGCGCCGUCAGCAAGAGCUACGGCAUCCUCAUCGAGACGUUGGGCAUCACCCGCCAGACCCGCAUGCUGCAGUUUUCAGCCUACGCGUUUGACGUCUCGACGUUGGAGAUGAUGGGCGUGCUCAUGGCCGGUGGUUGUGUCUGUAUACCGUCCGACACGCAGCGGCUCGAGGGACUUGCAGAGUUCUGCACGUCAUUCCGAGUCAACACGGCAAUGCUGACGCCUUCGGUCGCGCGGCUAUAUGACCCGCAAGACCUGCCGACUCUGCGCUCCCUCUCGCUCCUGGGCGAAGCACCGACGAAGCAGGACAUCUUGAAGUGGCAGCGCCGCAUCCCGCAUCUUUUCAACGCCUACGGGCCCGCCGAAGCCGCCUGUCUCGCGGCGGUGCACCGCGUGGACCCGCACGACGACGACCCCAUCGCUGCCCGGAUCGGGCGCUUGGCAGGCGUUCCGGUGUGGAUCGUUGCGCCCGACGACUGCACGAAGCUGGCACCUGUCGGCGCCGUUGGCGAGCUGCUGAUCGAAGGCUCCACGCUGGCGAGAGGAUAUCUCAACCCAGCCCACACCGCCGCCGCCUUCAUAGAGGACCCGGAGUGGUUGCUUCGGCCGCCUUGUGCAGAGCAGAUCAGCGGCAGGCGAGGCAGGCUGUACAGGACCGGAGAUCUCGCGAGGUAUGCCGAGGACGGUGGGCUUGUUUACGAGGGCCGAAAGGACAGCCAAAUCAAGAUCAGAGGGCAACGGACGGAGCUGGGCGAGAUCGAGUUCCACCUUGCCCAGUGCAUCCCCGACGCGGCCGAAGUCGUGGUCGAGACCGUUGCAGGGGAGGGAGAUUCCGCAACAUCGACGACGCUGGUUGGCUUCGUGAAGUUCCUGUCCGCCACCGCGCCGACUACCGACUCCUUCGACCUGCCGAGCGAGGUGGAGAGCCAGCUGGGCGAGAGGCUGCCUGCGUACAUGAUCCCAAGCGUUUUCCUUUCGGUGCCGCAAAUCCCAAAGACGGCGUCGGACAAGACAGACCGGAAGAAACUCAAGGCUUUGGCUGCCGUGCAUGCCGCGAGAGCAUUGGAAGCACGCCGUCUGGAGCCACAGCGCGGGCCGUCGUCGGCCAUGGAGCAAAAGCUCCUGUUCCUUUGGUCUCAGGCUCUUUCCGUGGCAGAGAGCAACAUCGGCAUGGAUUCGAACUUCUUCAAGCUCGGGGGUGAUUCCAUUUCUGCUCUGAAGCUGGUCGGGGAGGCUCGCCGGGCAGGCAUUCAGCUGUCGGUUGUCGACAUCUUUCAGACCUCGAAGCUCGACGGCCUCGCUCGGUGUGCCGAGGGACGGGCGCCGGCUCGGAACGACGCCGCAGACAUUCCUCGGUUCUCCCUCUUGCCUGGCUCGGCGGAUACGCAGGCCGUGAUUGACCAUGUUGCCUUUGCAUGCGGCCUCUCGCCCGGGCUGGUACAAGACGUCUAUCCUUGCACGCCGAUGCAGGAGGGGCUGAUGACACUGGCCUCCCGAAGCUCGGGCACGUACGUGUCACAGGUGGUCGUCGAGCUGGUCGGCCACAUCGAUCUGGACCUCCUCAGGAGCUCCUGGGAGAGAACGGUGCGGGACACGGCUGUCAUGCGCACGCGGAUAGUGCAGCAUCCUCAGCUCGGAUUCCUGCAAGCCGUCACCAACGAAGAAGUCUCCUGGGAAUCGAGCACCGACUUUGAGAGUUACAUUGCAGAAGACGACGCCCUUCGCCCGGGGUUCGGGAGUCGAUUGUCGCGAUACGGUCUGAUCCAAAAUCCCGCCGGGGGCCCGGCACGGUUGGUAUGGACGGUCCACCAUGCCAUCUACGACAUGGUGACACUCCGCCUGGUCUUUGACCGUGUCGCCGCGGCAUACAAGGGCGGCCAGGGGCUGCAAGCAUUCCCGGCAUACGCAUCCUUUGUCAAGUACGUGCUCGGCAGCCAGACAGCCGACGCGGAAGAGUAUUGGCGUCAAACCCUCAAACACAACACAUCCGCCGCCGUCUUCCCGCCUCUCCCGGCGCCCGGUCACCAGCCAUGCGAAGACACGGUCAUGGAGCAUUCAUACGCCCUGACCCGAGCGCCUUCGUCCGUCACCACAACAACCAUCCUCCACGCCGCCUGGGCCAUGGUGACGAGCUGGCACACCAGCACCCCCGACGUCCUCUUCGGCACCGUGCGGUCCGGCCGCACCGCGCCCAUCCCCUCCAUCUCGACCAUGCCCGGCCCCACCAUGGCCACCAUCCCGCUCGGCAUCGCCGUCGCCGCCUCCGACCCCAUCCGCGCCUUCCUCCACCGCGUCCAAACCCAAACCGCGGCCGCCAUGCCGCACGAGCAGCUCGGCCUGCAGAGCAUCGCGCGCCUCUCCGGCGCCUGCGCCCGCGCCUGCGCCUUCCAGACCCUCUUCGCCGUGCAGGAGGGCCGCCGGCGCGAGGCCAGUGUCGGCGGCGGCGGCGUGGCUGAGCUGGGCGCGCUGGUCGAGACGGGGACGUACGCGCUCAAGACGUACGCGCUCACGCUGGAGUGCUUCCCGGACGGCGAGGGCUUCGACGUGCGCGCCUGGUUCGACAGUGCGGCCGUGGGGCGGUGGAGGAUGGAGAGGGCGUUGCGGCAGUUGGGGGCCGUGGCGCACCAGCUGGCCGACGGCGCCGAGGGAGACGGGCUGGUCGGCGGCGUCCGGAUGCUCGACGCGCGGGACUGGGAGGACGUGCGGGAGUGGGGUGCGCGCCGGGGGUACGGCCUGUGGGUUGUGCUGCCCGACGACUGCGAGAGGCUUGCGCCUGUCGGGGCUGUGGGGGAGCUGCUCGUUGGCGGACCGGAUAUUCCGGCCGAGUAUCUUGGUCAAGGGGAUGCCGAGUUUGUACAGAGACCGAGCUGGAUGGAGGCCACUGGGUCGGCUUCGGCGUUGAAAACCGGCAUAUUGACCCAAUACACCGACGAGGGGACCCUGACAACGAUUGGGCGGAAGAGGACUACUGUCUGCGUCGGGGGCCAGUAUGCUGACACCAGCGAGAUCGAACGCCACAUGGUGGAUGCUCUUCCGGAUGGAUACCAAUCCGUUGUCGAGCUGCUCGCUCUGCAAGGAAGACCGGACGACGAAUUAACCACCAUGCUCACUGCUUUCCUGCUCCCCCCAGACGGAGAUGCUUCAACUCAAGUCACGGCACAUUGGGCUCCAAAGGCCAGGGAAAUAGAGAGGCGUCUCGCUGCCAAGUUGCCUCACUAUAUGAUCCCAUCCAUCUACCUCCAGGUCACCGCCACACCUCGCACUCGGUCUGGAUCCGUCGACCGAUCGCAGCUGCGGAUGCUCGGGACUGGCUUCUCCGUGGCGGAUGUUGCCAAAAUGAGAGAGACACAGCGGGUUGUCCCCGACACCGAAACACAGUUUGCAUUGCGGGAUCUGUGGGCCACCGUUCUGCGGCGCGACGCUGACGGGAUUGGGCUUGACGACAGCUUUUUCCAGCUGGGUGGUGACUCGAUUGGAGCCAUCAAGCUGGUCACUGAGGCGCGCAGACGGGGCAUUGUUCUCACGGCUGCCGAUAUCUUCCAGCAUCCCCAACUGGAGGCUUUGGCUGAGCGUGUUGGAAUCAAUUCGUCUCGGCAACAAGGAUUCGAUGCUGCCGAGCCGUUCUCUCUGGUCGCCGACGACGACGACGCACAGGCCGUCGAGGGAUUUUUGACCAGCAAUGUCCUCCCGUACAUUGACUACGGGCGCGAUUCGGUGCUUGAUGUUCUUCCAGGGACAUGGAUGCAAAAGGAAUUCUUCAAAGCCGGAGGGCUCCUGUAUCACUUGAGCCUUGACUUUGGCGAAGCGCGAAUCGAUCCGGAAAGACUCAGGAGCGCUGCAAGACAACUCCUGCAGCGGCACUCGAUACUGAGGACCAUCUUUUUGCCCCACAACACUGAGCUCUUACAGAUCACCCUUGACUCCGGCAGCAUCAGCAACUUUGUUGCCGAAGCUCUCGAAGAUGGAGAGACGAUCGAGAUGGCCGCGGACCGUCUCACUACGCAGUAUAAACUCGACGAGGACAUCAUUGGCCGACCGAUGCCGCACUUCGUCUUCCUCUCCGGCAAUGCCCAAGGACGCUCCGUUUCUCGGCUUCUCAUACUCGGCAUCUCGCACAUGCAAUUUGAUGGAUUCAGCAUGCCGUUCAUUGUCCGCGAUCUUGGUGCAUUGUAUGACGGAGACCAACUUGCAUCGGUUCCGCAUUUUGCUUCAUACGUCUACGCCCAUCACGCGAUUCCACCCGCCGAGCGGCAAAUGCAUUGGCGACGACUGCUCCGGGGCUCGAGUAUGACGCCCAUCGCUACGGGUGGUGGCAACAGUCAGAGUCUCGACCACGACGUCUACGUGACUCGUGUCGUGUCCCCAGAAACAUGGCGCCGAUUGCGCUCGAGCAACGCAGAGAAGAGAUGGUACUCCCCCGACGACGUGCUCACGACGGCUUGGGCCCUCACCCUAGCCAUAGUGAGCCGAGAGUCCGAUGUGGUCUUCGGACACACGGUAGCAGGCAGGCGAACAUUCUCCCUCGGCGGUGGCGGUGCCGACGGGGUCCUGGGACCUUGCGUCAACACCGUGCCCGUGAGGGUGCGCUUGCCUUCUGCAGAUCAACCGCAGCGGCCGGGGAGCAUGACUUUGCAAGAUGUCCUGGCCAAGGUUUCGGAUCAAAGCGCGCAGACCAUGCCGUUCGAGAGCACAGGACUGGACGAAAUCGUGGAGAACUAUGCGCCACCGACUUGGGAUGCCAGCACCACUCGCUGGGGUUCAACCGUUGUGUGGCAAGAUUUCGCGGGCAUGCAAGCACUGGAGACUCAGCAAGACCAUCCAACCAGCGAUGGACAGCAGGAAGGCGAGAAGAGGAUCGCACAAGACUCGGCCGUCUCUGGCUACAUGGACCCGUUUGCUACGUCGUCACACGUUAGCUUCGGAGGGGUUCCCUGCAUUGUCACUUGCGAUGUCCCAGCUUUUGACCCGGCAGAUGUGGCCGUCAUUGGAAGGCCGGUGAAUGGAUCAGCAAGCUUCUCUCUGGCAUUUUCAAAGACUAAUGUCUCGGAAUCUGUCAUGGAGAAGACGGUGGCUGUGUUGGUACAGGUGUUUGAGAGCUUGGUGGAACAACCAGGAAUGGAAGUCGGCAACCUACUGGCGGUGAUGCGGGAGGAAUACCGGAUGUAG